CGUUGAGAAAGGCUAGGCCUCAGGCAGCGGGAGCAUGGAGCCUCGGGGCAGGCAAGAACUAAACCUGUCCUGCGGGUUUGCGGGCCAGGUUGGGGGAGGAGCCACCCCAGGCCUCUACCGGGCCCCUCCCCUAGGGUACCGGGGACAAAGGCCGAGUGUUUGCUCUGCGACAGAACGGACAAUGGCCCAGAAUUCUAGGAGGGACGAGGGUCAGGCCUAAUUCUCUGUCGCUUCCCCCAGGGUGCGUCCCGAUUUGCUGCGGUGCUAGCAGAGACCGGGCCCUCCUUUUAUAUCCCGGAGGAGACCCUUUUGGGGAUGGGCUAGGUGACAGCAAGAAAGUCCAUGGGGCAUUUGCUAACCCUGGGUACCACUUCUUGAGCACCUGUGUUACUUAAACAUUGAUGUGGCACUUACCGUAUGCUACGCAUUAGGCAAUAUGCAAAUAUAAUAAUUAAACUUUCCCCCUUAAACAGCCUGAGGGAAUGCUGCUGUGAUCACCAACUGCAGCCCAGAGAAGAUGAGCCACCUGCUGGAGGUCACACAGCAGCGGGAGGCAGAGCUGAGAUUAGGUUGGGUAUUGCUGUAAUAUGCUCUGUGGUGGUGGCCCAGGCAGACCUGGCUUCCAUUCUAGAAGCUUUUUUUUUUUUUGGUUUUUGGCUGGGGCUAGGUUUGAAUCCGCCACCUCCAGCAUAUGGGACCAGCACCCUACUCCUUGAGCCACAGGCGCCGCCCCAUUCUAGAAGCUUUAAUACCUACACCAUCCAUGGUUUUAGGUGGUGACAUGGAGGUGGUGUGAGGGCUGAAAGGUGCUCAGGAUGCUUAAAUGUGAGGGGAUGCUCCAAUGGGCAUGUCUGAAUCUCUGGUGGGAGGUGCUGGGUUAGGGUUAGGUGUGGGAAACAGCCAUGCCUAUGUGGGCCUAUCCCCCUCUACUGUGGGAGAGGCUGGACUUCAUUUCUCAGCAUCUUGUAACCCUGACCCUGGCCAACUCUGGGAGCCUCCUCCAGGUUCUUAUAAUGUUCUACAGCCCAGCCCCACCUCCCCAAACACACACCCGCUUGCCCAUGUCAGAGAUGCAGUUCCACCCCUUGGCCUGAGCAUUGCCUGCCUUUCUCUUCCCAUCUCCUUUGAACCACCUCACAGCCUUCAGGCACCUGCCCUGCAGUCUACUCUAUAGCUCUAUCUAACCACAGCUGUCAGGCUGGGCGUUGUGGCUCAUGCCUGUAAUACCAGCACUUUAGAAGCUGAAAUGGGUGAAUUGCUUGAGCUCAAGAGUUCGAGACCAGUCUGAACAAGAGUGAGACCCUUAUCUCUACUAAAAGUAGUAAAAUCUAGCCAAGCGUUUUUAGCAGGCGCCUCUAGUCCCAGCUACUCAGGAGGCUGAUACAAAAAGAUUGCUGGAGCCCAAGAGUUUGAGGUUGCUAUGAGUUAUGACACCAUGGCACUCCACCCAGGGUGACCAAGACUCUGUCUCAAGAAAAAAGAACCACAGCUGUCUCCCAGACAGCAACCUCCUGUCCUGCUCUGCACCCCUUUCCUAUUCCUCUUCAUUCCCUUGCGUCUGUGUCCCUCUGUGAAGUGGACCUCUUUGCCUUCCUCACUGGAUUAUGUUUCCUGACUCAGCAUCAAAAGUACUCAACAAGGCCACUGGAGGGGCCUAUGAGGGAGGAGUGUGAAGAUCCUUGCCCCUCCUCUGGCAUCCACAUCUCAGAGAAGUCACACCAUUUUAUAUUUGUCAUCUGCCCUGCAUAAGUGUCCUACCUUGGUUUGUCUCUAGGAAGCUGACCUGGGCUUUUGUUGUGCACCCACUUUUGGAGUAGGAAGCUGCUCUCUGUCCCAGUCCUCUAUAGGUGGCUUCUGCCUCCUUGGCCACUCUGGGCUCAUUACUCUGUUUUUGGCACCUGGACUGUUGGAUUGGACUCCCUGAGGCCAGUGCUGAAUCUGUCCUGGUCACCAUGUGGUAGGCUCAGGGCCUGGCUCAAAGGUAAACAAAGGGGCAAAGGCAUGAAGAGAAGUGCUUCAGCUGCUCCCUUCCUCAGAGUGUUCCUGACCUCUCUGAGGCCAGGCCUCUUGAGUCCUGCCUUAUUUUAACAGAGAUUAUUAAAUACUUCCCCUGGCUAGGCCCCAAGCAGGCUCCAGGGACUCAGCCCUGAACUCCACAAGCCCCUUCUGGUGCUCACAGAUGAAUUGGGAAAAUUCAAGCAAGUGUCACACAAGCGAUCACAUAAUUCCACAUGGGGACAAGAGCUAUGAAUACAGAUGUUUCUUGCCAUGGGAAUAAUGCCAUGGUUGGACAAGCAGGAGGGGGAUGAAGCUGAGACUGGACGUUAGUUACAGAUAUUCUGGGCAGAGAGAAGUGCCUAUGCAAAGGUCCUGGUAUGGGUGCUUAAUGGAUUUGUUCAGGAGCAGAAAGGAGGCUGGAAGUGUGUGGAGGGGGAUUGGUAAUUAUUUGAGGGUAAGGAGGAGCCAUGGGAAAGUGAAUGGUGUAGCAGUCUCCAUUUGCCAUGAGAAAAGCUCCUAGCUGUCUGGUGGGAGUGGAGGUGGGGAGACCGGGAGGCCAAUGCAGUUGUGUGGAACCCCAAGGCUCCGCUGUGGGAGAGCCACCUGGCUUCCUGGGCUUCUCUCCUUCACCCCAGCCUCUCUGCCCUUCGCCAUACUGACGCUGGUGAAUGCCCCGUACAAGCGAGGAUUUUACUGUGGAGAUGACUCCAUCCGGUACCCUUACCGUCCUGACACCAUCACCCAUGGGCUCAUGGCUGGGGUCACCAUCUCAGCUACCGUGGUCCUUGUCUCGGCUGGUGAAGCCUACCUGGUAUAUACGGAUCGCCUCUAUUCCCGUUCUGAAUUCAACAACUACGUGGCCGCCGUGUACAAGGUGUUGGGGACAUUCCUGUUUGGGGCUGCUGUAAGCCAAUCUCUGACAGACCUGUCCAAGUACAUGAUUGGCCGUCUGAGGCCCAACUUCCUGGCUGUCUGUGACCCUGACUGGAACCGGGUUAACUGCUCGGUCUAUGUGCAGCUGGAGAAGGUGUGCAGGGGAAGCCCUGCUAAUGUCACCGAGGCCAGGUUGUCUUUCUACUCAGGACACUCCUCCUUUGGGAUGUACUGCAUGAUGUUCUUGGCUCUCUAUGUGCAGGCACGGCUCUGUUGGAAGUGGGCAAGGCUGCUGCGGCCCACAGUUCAGUUCUUCCUGGUGGCCUUUGCCCUCUAUGUGGGCUACACUCGAGUGUCUGACCACAAACACCACUGGAGCGAUGUCCUCGUUGGCCUCUUGCAGGGGGCGCUGGUAGCUGGCCUUACGGUCCGCUAUGUCUCAGACUUCUUCAAAGCCCGUCCCCCGCAGCACUGCCCAGAGGAGGAAGAGCUGGAACGGAAGCCCAGCCUGUCAUUGACGCUGACCCUAGGCGAGGCUGACCGCAACUACUAUGGCUACCCACUCUCCUCCUGAGGUUGGCCCUCUCAGGCUGAUGCCCGGGGCUUACCCUGGUUUAGGUAAUGAAGGCUCUGGACAGCCCAGGUACCCCAGGAUGACAGCAGCAGUGGGCAGGCUCCUCUGCCCACACCCUCUGCUUUGGAUCAGGGGUCUGGGGUACCUGGCCAGUGCUAAAUAUCUGGGGGGGGUCUGUCUUCAAAGCUCCCUGAAUACCCCCUUUCUGUUAAGGGGUUAGGGGAGGGACCAAGAGAAUAUGUUGUUAUUUUGUAAGAUGUAAUGUAUAUGUGGAUUUUUAGUAAAAUAGGACAUUUGUUUGACAAAUGAUAUCAGUGCCUCU